AAAACAGUGUGACAACACGUGCCGGAAAGGACAAUAAUAUUCUGACAUUAAAAUAAAAUUUCUUUAUCGAUAUGUUUCAGAACGAUAACAUAAAUAAAUAAUUUAAAUUGUAGUUAUGCCUUGAAACAUCCAUUUUUUUCGAACAGAAACUUGCAUAUAAGGGCAACUGACACCAAAUUUUGACUUUCGACGUUGAUUAUAAUAAAAUUUAAAAAAAAUAAAAACAAUACAAAUGUAAACAUUGGCAAUUGGCAUGCACUUGUUUAUUGUCAUGGUUAUGAACAGUAAACGGAGGUUCUAUAAAUCAAUGUAUUUCUUGCAGAAAAACCGGGAUUGUUACCUUAUGAAUUAAAUGCGAGCUUGGUGUUCUUUAUUCGUAAUUGGUUAACAUGAUAUUUCUCACUUGCCGUGUUCUGUCGAAUAUUCUGUGUGAAAAGGAACUAAAAUGGCUUGGUCAGUACUUGAAGUUAGGUUACAGCCCUCGCAUACGCAAAAUUCAUGCAUCAAGUGCCUGCACGUUGGAGUUACAGGCGUCUGAAGAGGAUCGAUCUAAUCAGGAUGCCACAAAUUAUCGUGCUAAGUAUAAGAUAUUGUAUAAUUCAGUACUAGAAAAUGAAAUGCUUAAACACACCUUUGUACAGAGAAAGAUCGCAGAAAGGAAGCGUAAAUUAGAUCUUCUGAGGUCCAUAAAUACUCGUAGAGAUAUGCCAAUUGCUUUGCGGCAUUUAGGUAUGGUGUCAUCUGAACCAAAAGUACCGAGUGAAGAUACAAUAAAGGAAGAGAGUUGUGUCAAUGUCAGUCUGCCAUAUUCAAUACAUACUAGCUCCGUAGCGCUUCAUCAACCUUUACCGGUUAACGAUUCCAGUGAUGGGGAUUUUGUGGAUAGUUCACCUGAGCUACAGGAAGCAGGAAGUGACGUUCCCUCUUCAUGGAUGGCCGACUACGAGCAGUUCGAUGAAUCCAGCCUGAGCGACGUUGAGCACUGGAGAUCAAAUUAUGGCACACCCGACAGAUCGGUUCCCGUCAGCACCGUGCCUUGCGGAGGCUGUGGGGCAUUACUGCACUGCCAGGACCCGGGCAUCCCGGGCUACCUGCCCAGCGAGCUGUUCCGCCACCACUCGGAGACCCAGCUGCGCGCUGUCACCUGCCAGCGCUGCCACUUCAUGCGCCACUACGGAGCGGCCCUGAGCGUGAACGUGCACCCGGGCGAGUACCCCCGGAUCCUGUCGCGCAUGCGCACCCAGCGAGCCCUCGUCGUCCUGGUCGUCGACCUGCUGGACUUCCCGUGCAGCGUGUGGCCCGGGAUCCUGGACAUCAUCGGCCGCUCGCGACCCGUGGUGGUGGUCGGCAACAAGGUGGACCUCCUGCCCGCGGACAGCAAGGGGUACCUGGACCGCGUGAAGACCUGCCUCGCGGCCAGCCUGGAGCAGUCCGGCGUCAGUGCUGCCAACGUCAAGCACGUCGCCCUCCUCAGCGCGAGGACGGGCUACGGGGUCGAGGAGCUCAUAACCAAGCUGCAGAACAUCUGGGAGGGGAAAGGGGACGUGUACCUGGUGGGCUGCACCAACGUGGGCAAGUCGACGCUCUUCAACGCCCUCCUGCAGAGCGACUACUGCAAGGUGCAGGCCGUCGACCUGGUCCAGCGGGCCACCACCUCCCCCUGGCCGGGGACCACGCUCAACCUGCUCAAGUUUCCAAUUCUGCGGCCAGUUGGUUGGCAGCUCUACAUGCGCACCAAGCGUCUGAUACAAGAAAAGAAGCAGAACAUAGCAGAGAAAAAGUUGCUCAAAAUGCAAGGUGGCCAGUUACCGAAACUGGAAAAUCCAACGCUCUUAGGUAACAUCGAACGAACAUUCCAACCACGGCAGUUUGAGGAAGGAAAAGACCCAUUCACCUUGAGUAAUCAGGUGGCGAAACUGACGAUCGGGGCCCCGGGGCUGGACCCCAAGGACAGCGUCUUCGCGGAGAGCCGCUGGUGCUACGACACCCCGGGCACUGUGCAGCCGGACCAGGUGCUGGACCUGCUGACGACGGAGGAGCUGCUGGCCACCCUGCCGAGGACCGUCCUCACGCCCCGCUCGUUCCUCCUGAGGCCCGGCGCCUGCCUCUUCAUCGCCGGCCUGGCCCGGCUCGACUACCUGGAGGGACCCAGCCCGGUCAGGUUCACGGUGCUGGCUGCGGAUGACCUGCCCCUCACAGUGUGCGAGGUGCCUCACGCGGAGGAAGUGUACUCUCGCCUGCUGUGCUCGCCCUUGAUGCUCGUUCCCGGGGGCACCACGACGAGGCUGGACUGCUGGCCCGGCCUGUCCCCUGCCCCGAUGCCGCUCACCGUCACGGGCGUGUCCUGGCGGGAGAGCUGCGCGGACGUCGUGCUCUCCUCGGCAGGCUGGGUGGCAGUGACUCCCGGGCCGCAGAAGGCCUGCACCAUGCGCGCCUGGACCCCGGCCGGUCGCGGCAUCUACCUGCGCCGGCCACCGCUGCUGCGCUUCGCCGUGAACCUUCGCGGCCCCAAGCAGCGCGCCAGCCCCGCCUACCGGCCUGCUCCCACUGCCUCCACCGACGCAGAGCCUCGCUGCCUGUGAGCGCUGGGCACGCCACGAGCACGGUUCCUUGCCGUGUGGCACACACUUGCUCCGACCCCCCGCUACCAGUCGCACGUCGAUGGUUCCGCAUGUCCUGUCAUUUGGCACUAGUCGAGCCGCUCGCAUUCAGAUUUUUUUUUCUGGUGAAUUUCAACUGUCAACCUUGGCCACCGUGGCCAAUACUGCAAGGGUUGGAUCAAAAAUAUUGAUAGCUUCCUUAGUAGGCAGACCAUCAAAUCCGUUUAAAUUGGUUAUAAAUUUUAUAAUUUUUAUAUAAAACCGUGGUCUGAAAGAAAUUUUGAUAACAUUACUGUAAGGGUUUGAAAAACGAAUCAUAAUUUCUGUACUACUUACACUAUUAUGUCCAUUCUUAUUAGUGUUGGGCCGAUUCCUAAAAUAUACAGAUUCUGAUUCCAUUUUCGAAUCUUAAAUUAAAGGGUCGAUUCUUCGAAUCCGAUUCCGAUUCCUUAAUUUUUAUCUGACAAUGUUCAACAGAGUAAUACACUAAGAAAAAAAAAGGUUGUUUAUGAUUUUAAAAAUUUAAUUGCAUUGUUUCAUUUUCUGUGCAGAAAUUAACAUUAUAUACAGCUUAUAUAAUGUUAAAAAGUAUGUUCAUUACCAUCAAGUUACGCUACCUUGAAUUUCUAGCACAAUUUGGCCUUUUAACCUUGCAUAUAGUGAGACAAAACACGUGUUCAAACACUACCAAUAAUCAAAGUUUUCUUAUGACGUAAAUUGUAAAUAAUGUUAUAACUUAACCAACUUUAGAUACCUUACAUUAUCAGCUCAAUUAAUUAAUUGUAAUAAAAGAGCUUUGUAUAGUUAGGUUAAGAAUUUUAUUUUCAAGCACAACUAAAUAAUGAUCCAAAUAAAAUGACAAUAUAACCUCGUUUAUACAUAUUUCAAGGGACCAGGGCGAAAAAAAUAAAGAGGGAAAUUUAAAAAUAAAACUUUUAUCAUCUUAUUAUGAUGGAAAUGACAAGAAACAAAUAUGCACCACACUAAAAUAAAAUGUCAGAAAUGCUUUCGUUUUAACUUUUAAUAUAUUACCUAGAUCUUAAUUAUCUCACUUGGUGAAAUGAAUAAAUCCAUCCAGUCUUGCAGUUCUUUACAAUCGUAAAGAGAAAAUAAAUUUUCGGUUCUUGAGUAAGAAAGUUCUGUGCAUGUUUUAACAUCUCAAAAUUUCCAGAUUUUCUUACACAAAAUAUUUAAACUCUUCAAAUAAUCGCGUGUUAACAUUUAAUUCAUUUCAGAAAUUGAUCGGAAACAAUUCUGUUAAACUAACACAACUACUUUCAAAAGAUUGUUUAUGUUUGGUAAUAAAAAUUUACGAACGUUUCAGCAGCAAUGUUUGGAAAUUCAGAUUAGCCAACUGCCUUUCCAAAAUAUAUUGAAUGUAAAACGAGCAUAGCUGAACACGCACAAGAACGCUGAUUUACAGCAAUUUGGUUAUGUUGCUUUUAAACUUAUUUUAAUAUGGUCGCAGUAAUCCACUGUGAAUUUGGGUAAAAUCUCAUUCAAAAAUUAUUUCAUUUUAAUUCUUUAAAGUUUAAAGUGCAGAGAUGUGAAACAUCUUAAUUUUCACGUUCACGUCACCAAAGAUUUUGUUCAUGGCCGUAUUGUUUACCAUGGCAGGUAGCACAAAAAAAAUUAGGUUGUUUACAAUGGCAAAUGUAGCUGCCAUGAUCAAAUAGUUAACGUUUACAUUAUUUUACUUGCCGUUUACAUUUACAUAAUUUUCUUUAAACAUUUAUGGUUUUGUCUAUUUUUAAAGGUUUACUAUUAAAUGCAGUGCUGCUGCAGCGUAAUUUCGGAAAAAUGCUUUUGCUUUAAGCGGGAAAGUAGAUACUGCAUUUGUACUGUAGGGAAAAUGGCAGUGCAAGUAAUUAAAUACGUUAAUCACCGUUUAUCGUAAAUCAGUUCCGUAAAAAAAGAUUGUAUUAUGUAGUUUAAAAAUUAUAUUUGCAUGCAUUUUAUAUUUUAUUACUAUGUGUAGGAGAUGUAUUUUGCAAACUUAAAAACAAUGCAGGAAUCGGUCAUGGUCAAUUCCAAAUCCAUUGUAUUCUGAAUCCCACGAUAAUACUGGAAUCGGUGGAACCGACCGAUUCCGGAAUCGGAAUCGACCCAUCACUAAUUCUUAUAUAUUGUAAAACCUUAAAAUAUUAUCUACAAUUUUCGUGUCGGGUAGCACUACUGUGCUGUGGGAAUUCGCCCAGAGUUAAUGGUUUCGGUUCAGUUUUCGGUUUUUCUGAGUACAGUGUUCUUGUUUUCUAUCGGGUUACAUAUGUCACACGUCACAUUUCAGUAUGAUUUUUUUGAAGUCCAAUGCUCACAUCUGUAUAUUUUUUUCUUUCUCUUGUUACAACUUGUUUUUAAAUAUACCAUUGUACUGUGUACUUAAACUUUUUUUUUUGGUUUUCCAGUUAAAAAAUGACAUUGAUGUUCAAUAAACCAGCAGGAUCGCUAAUCCUGCGGGGCUGUGGUUCCGAACAAGCAGGAUUAAAAAUCUUGCGCUGUAGAAGUGACAGGCCUGAGUCUAAUUACUUGAAGAACAGAUUGUUUUAUCAAAAUUCAGGAAGUAAUUUUAUUGAAUCACUCAAAAUCUAACUUGCCUAAUAAGUUUGUUUUACCUGUCAUUUCGAGAAGGCAGGUUUUUUUGUUUGUUUUUUGUAAUCUAAAUGAUUUUUUUUUUUAUAUCUUAAAUUUUUUGGCCAAAGUAAGUUCUUGGAACUUCAGCGCAGUGGUAUGAUGCUAAAGAAAUCCAAGGAAUUUAAUAUAAAGCACCCCAGAAGAUAAGGAUCCAUUUCUUUGAUUCCUGAAUAUUUUAAUUAUUGCUUGGUUUUGCUUACACAUUUCAUUGGUACAAGCAGUGACCAACUCAGUUAUCAACCCAAGAAGAUUGGUGAAUUGCAGCCAGCAAACGUUAGAUGUGCUACAACUACUGUUCUUCUGCACAGUGAUGUCAAGUUCUGUAUUCCAUACCCAUGUUUUUAAAAAUAUUUAUAAAUAAAAAAUUACUUGUAAAUAUUUCCCUCUAA